AUGGGCUCCAUAGAUUCCCCGCAUCUUCCUUCUGAUUUUCUCUGGGGGUUUGCUACUGCCAGCUACCAAAUCGAAGGAGCAGUCGAUGAGGACGGUCGUGGGCCUUCUAUCUGGGACACCUUCUGCAAAAAACCAGGAAAGAUCGCUGGCGGGGCAAAUGGCGAUGUAGCCUGCGACUCAUACCACCGCACCCAUGAAGACAUUGCGCUGUUGAAGGAGUGCAAGUCCCCGGCCUAUCGGUUUUCGAUUUCCUGGUCUCGCGUCAUCCCCCUCGGAGGCCGCAACGACCCCAUCAACGAAAAGGGCCUCCAGUUCUAUGUUAAAUUCGUCGAUGACCUCCUAGCAGCUGGCAUCACACCCCUCGUCACUCUCUUCCACUGGGAUCUCCCCGACGAGCUGGACAAGCGGUACGGCGGUCUAUUGAACAAAGAAGAAUUCGUUGCCGAUUACGCCAACUACGCCCGUGUCAUCUUCAACGCCCUCAGUCACAAGGUGAAAUACUGGAUUACCUUCAAUGAGCCGUGGUGCAGCAGUGUGCUCGGAUACAACGUUGGUCAAUUCGCACCUGGCAGGACGAGUGACAGGAACAGGAACCCGGAGGGUGAUGGUUCCACGGAGCCUUGGAUUGUAGGGCACAAUCUCCUUGUUGCGCACGGGACUGUUGUGAAGAUCUACCGCGAGGAAUUCAAGGAGCGUGACGGUGGUGAAAUCGGGAUCACCCUUAACGGCGACUGGGCCGAGCCCUGGGACCCUUCAAACCCCGCCGACGUCGCUGCAGCACCACGCAAAAUCGAAUUCGCCAUCUCCUGGUUCGCAGACCCCAUCUACUUCGGACGCUACCCAGAUAGCAUGGUAGCCCAGCUCGGCACCCGCCUGCCCGAAUGGACCCCCGAAGAAGUUGCCUUAGUCAAGGGCAGCAACGACUUCUACGGCAUGAACCACUACUGCGCGAACUUCAUCCGAGCCAAGACCGGCCCAGCAGAUCCCACCGACGUGGCCGGGAAUCUGGAGCUGCAUCUUCAAAACAAAGCAGGAGAGUGGGUCGGUCCCGAGACGCAAUCGCCCUGGCUUAGACCGUCGCCGAUUGGGUUCAGGAAGCUGCUGAAGUGGCUGAGUGACCGGUACGGACGGCCGAAGAUCUAUGUAACCGAGAACGGGACGUCGUUGAAGGGCGAGAAUGAUUUGCCGCUGGAGCAGCUGCUGAAGGAUGACUUCCGGGUGGAGUAUUUUGAGGGUUAUGUGCGGGCGAUGGCGGAGGCGUAUACGAUUGAUGGGGUUAAUGUGAGGGCUUAUAUGGGUUGGAGUUUGAUGGAUAACUUUGAAUGGGCUGAGGGCUAUGAGACCCGCUUCGGUGUUACAUUUGUUGACUAUGAGAAUGAUCAGAAGAGAUACCCCAAGGCGAGUGCCAAAGCCAUGCCGGAGAUUUUUGCAAAGUAUAUCCAGAAGGCGUGA